UCACUCAGUUAUUGGCUGAUAAUUUUUACAAUAGCUUGUUUUUUGGUUUGUUUUUUGCUUUUUAAGAAUAUCUAGCAAUUGGUUAUCCCAAUGGAGCAAUUUGUCUUGAGGUAUUGGGAGUUCUAUAAGUAGUUGUGCUCUUAGCCAGCAAAACAAUGUUUCCCUUUUUCCAGCAAAUCGGAGGGAAUUUUCCUUAUUUCUCAGCAAUUUGCAUGUAAUUUUCCAUAUCUGGAUGAAUAAGUGGGCAGUAAAUUAGGCAAUAGUGGCCUUAAGUACCCGUCAGAAAGUUGUUUGUUUAGAUAUUCAAUUUUAAACGACUUGUUUACAGAUUUUGGGAAUGUCUUAACCAGAGCAGAAAUCUUCAUUGUUUUGAAAUUGGUUCUUUUAAAAAUUUUGAGCAAUUUUAUAGAUGGGUACACAGGCUCAAUCCAAUUCUGGCAAUAUGAAUAAUCGGCAAGGCAAAGAUAGAAUGGAUUUCACAAGUUCGGAUGAUUUAACGACAAUUCCGGAUGUCACAAGUUCGGAUGAUUUAACGACAAUUCCGGAUGUGGGAUAUGAUGGUGAAGAUGUUGUUUCACCAGGGCGGACCAAGAGGCUGUGGAAGAAGGUCAAGUACCAGCUUGUAGAUUAUCAUGCCUUGCCUGAAUAUUUGCGUGAUAAUGAAUACAUUCUACGAUAUUACAGGUCAGAGUGGCCUCUCAAGCAGAUUCUCUUGAGCAUCUUUUCUAUCCACAACGAGACGCUCAAUGUCUGGACGCACUUGGUGGGUUUCUUUAUUUUUCUCUGCUUGACAGUGUACACUGCAGUAAAGAUUCCUGAAGUUGUUGAUCUUUCAUCUCUGCAUACCUUGCCUCAUAUACCUAAUAGAGAUAAUUUCCACAAAUUCCAGUUGGAGCUUAUGUCAUGCUUUCCAUCAUUGCCCAAUAAGGCAGACUUCCAAAGACUACAGGAAGAAGUAAAGUCAGCUUUGCCUUCCAUAACAUCACUUUCAUCCAUAUCUCAUUGGCACCUGCCAGAGGUGCUUGCAAAUUGCUUACCAGAGAGCUUAUCGCAUGCUAAUCGCACUGAGCAAUGUGUUCUGCAAAAGAUGAAACAGGACUUCGCAAGCAUGAUUGCUUCAUAUCUGCAACAACCAAUAACUCGAUGGCCCUUUUUUGUGUUCCUUGGAGGUGCAAUGUUUUGUCUUCUUGCAAGCAGCACAUGCCACCUGCUUUCAUGCCAUUCAGAAAUACUUUCCUAUAUCAUGUUACGAGUUGAUUAUGCUGGAAUUGCUGUAUUGAUAACUACUUCAUUUUAUCCUCCAGUGUAUUAUUCAUUUAUGUGCAAUCCUUUCUUCAGGAAUAUGUAUUUAUCUGUCAUUACUUUGAUGGGAAUAGCUACUACCCUUGUGUCUUUGUUGCCAGUUUUUCAGAAUCCAGAAUUUCGCACUUUUAGGGCAUCAUUAUUUUUUGGCAUGGGAGUAUCUGGCAUUGCACCUAUUCUUCAUAAGCUGAUACUUUAUAAGGAUGAGCCUGCAGCUCUCUACACAACUGCAUAUGAAGUUGCCAUGGGUGUUUUCUAUGGCCUUGGAGCAUUGGUGUAUGCAUUGAGAAUUCCUGAAAAAUGGAAACCUGGAAAAUUUGAUAUUGCUGGUAACAGCCACCAGCUUUUUCAUGUACUUGUAGUUAUAGCUGCCUACACACACUACAGAGCUGGCCUUAUAUAUCUUCAGUGGAGGGAUGCAAAGGGGUGUUAAAUUUUUGCUUAGGCAUUGUUGUGAAAACUUGUAUUAUACUUCCCAAUAACAGACUCUGUAUGUAGCCUGCAUGCCUUUCCGAUAACUAUAGGCUUUAGAUUAUUGAAUAAAUACCAUAUCAUCAUCGGAUCAUUCCUAAACGAGGAGAUUGUUUCCAUGCUGACCUCUGGCUGUCAAUUGUAUAUCAUUUGUGCUAUGUGCAUUUUAUUUGAAUGCUUUUGCCAUGGCCUUUCUUACCAUUGAA